UGUAACAGAAAUUUUAUAAGAUUAAUUUCAUAACAAAAAAAACAAAAAAAGCUUCGAGUCUCUCUGACCAAAAGAGAGAUGAGUUUUGUUGUACGUCUUGCUGUGUUUCUUCUGUUGACGCUUACAGUUACAUCUUCAUCCCCUAGUUCCGUUUCUGUUCCAGUUGUUGGGAAGAUUGGAAUCGAAAGGAGGUCGUUGAUAGUCAACGUCAAGGAUUAUGAUGGUCCGUCUGCAAACCCAAAACACAAUCCAGGCACUCCUCCGGUUACUAUCAGCCAACGCAGCCCCGGCAGAGGGUGACCUACCACUUUAGUUAACCCACAAGGGAAGAAGAAAUGAAUCUCUCAGUUUUACAUGUUCAGUUUGUCCGAGAUGAAGAAAUGAAAAUUCUCUGUUUCUACACCUUUCUCCAAUAUGUAUAUUGAUAUCAAUAUGUGUCUUGUCAUUUCCACACAAUUUCUUAUAAAUAAAGUUUCUUGAA